UUGAUGCUCAGGUUUGGGGAGCAUUGAAUCAAAAUGAAGCUGGGCAUAGGUGAUCAUCCAUCUACGAAGCUGUCGACCUGUGCGGGAAAGAGGAAGAGCGGGAAGAAAGAAAGCGCCAGAGAACGCGGGAGACUGAGCUGAGAGAGUAGACGAAUCGGUGAGUUAGAUAGAGAAAGAAUCAGAGGAGACCUCUUGGGAGUCUGAUUUCAAAAACAGGAGGAGAAAUUGAAUGACACAGUGAGGCGGAGAGAGAGCUGAGAUUGAAAUGAAAAUUGGAGAAGAUGAGGGGCGGAAAUUGAGGAAAAACUGGAGAGAGUAAAGAGAUAGCUGAGAAUCGAAAGGGAAGAAGGAAAAGGGAAAAACAUUUUUCUGAAUUCGCAUCGUGUUAGAGCUUACUGUCGCGCCCUAGGUAAUAAAUUUAUAAACUCCUGAUUUCAUAUUCAAUCGGAAUGUAGUUAGGAAUUUUUCUUUUACGUUUAGUUAGCUGACAGUCGUCGUUUGCAUUGGUUCACAUAGGCGGAUAUGGAUACACUAAACAUCUGAAAUGGUACAGAUGAAAGAAUGUUUUGAGGAAAUACCUAUAACAUAUUUGAUUUAAUGUCAAAAUGAAGUCAUAUAUGUCUUAUGAUGCCUGAAGCUCUCUCUCUCCAAGUUAAAGGUGCUGAUUCGAAUUAAGUUGGUGGAAAUUUGUUACAAGAGUUCUAGGCUUGUGCAAAGAAUGAGAUUAACUUAUUUAUGAUAGAACGUGGCUAUAGCUUUAAUGGCUUUUAUGCAUAUUCAAAAGCUUCUCUGUGGAGCAAAAUAUCUCACAAGCAAGCCAAAUCGGGUUGUGCGCAUGACUGUGGUGCUAUAUCACUGCUCUGGAGAAUCUCCUGAGGAGUUCUUGCCCGGUGAUUGGUAUGAAAAAAUGUUCCCUAAGCUAACUAGAAUUGCCCGCUCAUUAGAAGAUGUUGAUUUAAUUGAUGGAAGGCUAGUGAAUGUCAAUGAUAAAUUGAUCAUCAUUGAUGAUAAUGUCGAGCAGAGGAUGCGUUAUUUCAAGUCUCUUACCAGUGUCUUUAUUGGGUCUUCCUUGAAUCAGAUGAGACUGAAGGAAACUAUGGUCGGCAUGCAGCGCUGUGGACAAUGCACGGAGUUUGAUUAUUUUAGCAAACCAAGCGAGAGACAGCCUGUUGUUGUGAAUUCACUAACCAAAAUUAGCAGUGUGCUUAAUAUUUCUGCACAGCAAAGGAAGUUGGUCCGUAUCAUGAUAAGUCCACAGGUUACACAGCACCAGAUAUGGAGAGGUGCAUUGGAGGAGAUAUUAAAUGGGUUGAAAGUGGAAAUAGAUUUGUUGAAUUUUAGAUGCCCGAGCAAAGGAAUAAAGAUGGCCCAGCAGAUCAUUUCUAGCUGUCUGAAGUUCUUGGCGGACUCAACCCUUUCCAGUGAGCCUGACUCCUGUUCAUGGAUGAGGCCUGCACCGGUGAAAAUUGUUAAUCCUCUGGUUUCUUGCAAGUGGGAAGAUGUGCUUGAGAUGUUCAAUGAUCUCAUCAAGUAUUUAAAAGGCGAAAAGGGUCUGGAAAAUCACAUGACAAAGCUCGAGGUUAUGAAAGAAGGGCUUUUUCAAAUCAAGGAUGUACUAGUUGAUAACAGCAUUGGAUAUAGAGAGGCCAGGCAUCAUCAGAGUCUUGUGCAAAAGAAACUCAGUAAAACAUUAGGUCACUCAUCAAGGUGCUUGUUCACACUUUUGUUAUAUUAUCUCAAUCGUCGUGUUAGAGACAUUGAAGUGGAUCUCUGUGGUGGAUUUUAUGAGAAUGAGGCCGAGAAAAGGUUUUGCUUGAGUAUGGGAAGGAUUUUGACCUCAAAAGAUGAGAAGAUGAUUCAGAGAGGCGUCAAGCAGCUUGACAGGGCUCUUAGCCUCUUUAAGUUUGUGUGGGAAACGGCAGGUAAGAAAGAUGUUUUAGAGCUGCAAGGGCAUUUGUGGUGCAUAGAUUCUGAGGAGAGAUCACUUGCAUACAGAGGAAAUGCAUUCUUUGUACAUGGCAUAAGUAUUUGAGGGCUAUGCUAUGUUGCCAUAAACAGAUUCGAUGUCUUGAUUAGGUACUUGACAAUAAUAUUGUCACAACUUCCAUAGUCAUCCGGGUAUAAAUGAAACAACCUUUUUCUGAAUGUUUAAAUCAACAACGUUAAAAAGUUUAGGAGAUAUGAACUGCCUGAGCUGAAUAUUUGCUGGCAGGGGCAUAGAGUCUGGAAGGGAGCACAAUGAACAUUAAUGCUUCAAAGCUAUAAGCAGCUCUUAAAGGAGUCCUGAAAUCUUCAGAGAAAGCAAACCGCCAAUUGUGCCAAGCUUAAAAUCAUCCAUGGGCUCCACUUCUUUCUUCCGAUGGUGGAAGAGCCAAAGGAAACCAGAUAAGGAGUGUAGGCUUCUUCUUUCAACUUGUGAAGACAGAGAGGAAUGCUGUAGAUGCAACUGUCUGCUGACAACCAGGGCUCCAGACGAGAAGAAUUCAUACAUCAUACUAUGCUGGUCUGAGGAAGGAUUUGAAGGCAUGCGGCAGUAGGCCUUGGCAGUUGACCCGCAUGGUGGGCAAUCCUGAAACAUGAUUACUUCGAGUCUCCCUGGAGAGUUCCGUCCAAAAUUGCAGCUUUAAUAUUGUUGCCAUUUGCCUCCUAAACCAACUGUAUGUUCUAUCAUCCGAAUUAGAUAAGGUCCAUUUCCAGUGUCUAUUUCAAUUAGUUAUGAGUUUGGUUAUUUUGGAGUCGUAUGUAUGUAAGUUUUCACAAUAGUUAUGAGUUCCUUGAAUCUAGUUUACGUUUCUUGCAA